AUGGCUCUACCACCUGGCGGACUACAGGAAAUAUGUUUCUCAUUUGAUACCACUGGGUCAAUGUACAGCUGCUUGGAUGAGGUCCGUGGUCGUAUCCAGGACAUGAUCCAACGUCUCCAGGCCGACAUCCCCGGCAUCAGGAUAGCCGUCUUCGCUCAUGGCGACUAUUGUGACAAAAACAACUACAUCACGAAACACAUCGACUUCUCUACCGACGUGUCGACUUUGUGUAAGUGGGUUAAUGACGUAGGAAGAACGGGUGGCGGCGACGCAGACGAGUGCUAUGAACUCGUUCUGCACGAGGUCAAAAGUUUGAGCUGGACGCCAGGAUCACAGAGAGCGUUAGUGAUGAUGGGGGACAAUAACCCACAUAAACCAAGUUAUCCACAGAACACAAUGAAAUUGAACUGGAGGACGGAAGCAGAAGAUCUAUCGAAAAUGGGUGUCCGAAUUUAUUCCGUGCAGUGUCAGAAUUACACAGGAGCAGACCACUUCUAUCAGACCAUAGCAAAGGUGACCGGAGGUCACUACCUAAAACUUGCCCAGUUCACCAAUAUCUUCGAUUUUAUCAUGUCGAUCUGCUACAGAGAAAAAGGCUCUGAAUUUUUACAGGAUUACGAAAAGGAAGUGAGGGCAAGAGAAGCUAUCACGGGAAUUAACAAAGAUUUGGACUCGUUAUUUGGAGUUCUUCGGCGGACUGACAGUAGCCAUGACGUCACAGAGACGGAUACAACUGUAACAAAACCUCCACCUCCCAUCAAAAUGCCUUCCCUCAAAAAAGUCUCGUCUGUAACAAGUAUGAAGAAAAAGUUAGGAAAACCAUCGUUGGGAUCAAAGCCUACCCGAACAGGAAAGCCUCGCACAGUAGGCAAGAAAACAGUUUCACCAAAACUGAGAAGGGAAAAUGUGUCUGAAUCCAACUUUUCUCUGUCGGGCCGAAAAUGGAGCGCGUGGCAAACCUGUCUGUCAUGUGAUAAAUCUGAUAGUGAACUUUGGGAUAAAAGAAAUGGCACUCAUCUUGGUUACAGAAGGAAAGAAAUAUUUGAUGGGAAACUGACAAGGCCUUCCAUUUACGAGUUUUCUGUUCAAACAGCUCCUGGCCACAAAAGACAUAUAAUGUAUUCCAAAAUUUGUCAUGGACUAACUUCUCCACAUAAAUGGGAACAUCGUCUUCUCGGACAGAAAGAUAUUAGAAGUCAGAUUGAGGAAAUUCUCUCGAAAGGCUGCUGCGUUGCUGUAAGGAGACUGAAACUUGUCAACCGAAAACCAACCAAAGCCAACACAUUGAACUCCUUACGUCGUUACGACUACGCCUGGCGACGCCACGGCAGUCUGAGAACAGGUCAUAGACCUGUAGUUAAAGGAACGGUCCAGAUCUCUAAUGACGCAUUCUGA